UCCCGGCGAGCGGGACGAAACUUUCGGCAGCGGGCAGUGAGGAAGUUCUUGCGAAGGGUCUCCGACAGCGGCCAACCUGCUGAGUGUUUCUAGCAUUUUACGCGUGUUUUAAAUUUUGGCCGGCCGGCCGGCCUGGCCACUUGCCCGCGCAGGCGGGGCGGGGGAAAACCGUUGCAUCGAGAGCAGGGGGAAGUGGCGGCUGGUGCGCCUGCGCGCCGGAUCGCCCCGUGCCGCCCCGUGCCGCCCGGUAGAGCGCGAGCGCUGAUGGCCGGUGAGGGGAGGACCGGCUCUUCCGUGCGUCUUGAGGAGGGUCGCUUCUAAACUCUGAAAGGCGGUGGCUGCGGGCAACUUCUCUCCCCACCUCCCCACACACACAUCGGACUGAAGUUGGAGCCCGGGUCAGGGAAAAGUUGGAGCGGCCGCCAGCAUGUGUGAGAAUCGGUGUAGGCGGAUGGUGGACAGGGGCAAGCGGCCCGUCCUGUUCGAUCACAUCCAGACCGCUUUCGCCACCUCCUCCUUCUACGACAACUAUCUGGUGACACAGAAAGAGCUGGGCAGAGGCAAAUUUGCUGUAGUGAGAAAAUGUGUGGAGAAGGCAACUGGGAAAGAAUAUGCAGCUAAGUUUCUGAAGAAGAGGCGUCGUGGCCUGGAUUGCAAAUCUGAUAUCAUUCAUGAAAUUGCUGUACUUGAAAUGGCCAAGUCGAGUCCACAUGUUAUAGACCUGUAUGAAGUAUAUGAAACGAAUAAUGAUAUCAUCCUCGUAUUAGAAUAUGCUGCUGGAGGGGAAAUCUUUAAUCUUUGUGCAGCUGACCGAGACGAAGCUCCCACAGAAAAGGAAGUGAUCAGGCUUCUUCAACAGAUUCUUGAAGGAGUAGCUUUUCUCCACCAGAACAAUAUUGUACAUCUAGACUUAAAGCCACAGAAUAUCUUGCUAACUAGCUCAUCGCCAUUGGGUGAUAUAAAGAUAGUAGACUUUGGUUUGUCAAGGAGAAUUGGAAGUGUUGGUGAAUUAAGAGAAAUCACAGGAACACCAGAGUACAUUGCCCCUGAAAUCUUGAGCUAUGAACCAAUCUCUACAGAAACAGACAUGUGGAGCAUAGGAGUGUUGGUAUACAUGAUGCUGACAGGGGAGUCACCAUUUCAGGGCAAAGAUAAACAAGAAACUUUUCUUAAUAUCUCGCAAGUUAAUGUUGAUUAUUCGGAUAAAAUAUUUGAAGGCAUCUCCAAAACUGCAAUUGAAUUUAUUCAACAGCUUCUAGUCAAGAAACCUGAGCACCGAACAAGUGCUGAAGCAUGUCUUUUUCAUCCUUGGCUGCAAACAGAGGAGAUGAUGAAUAACCCUAUACCAGAAAUUGCACCAUGUGUUUCACUGUUGGGGAUGCAGUCCAUUAAGUCUUCAGAGGAGAAGAAUCCUAUUCGAUCACCCACGUUUGGGUCAGGCAGACAUUUGAACAAAGAAAAUAUUUCUGAAGAAUCAUCAAUUGUUCCCAAACGCUUCCGGUUUGAUGAUUCUUACAAAAAUUGUCAUGAUAUUACAGAGAAUUGGUAUUCUGAAACUGGUGUAUAGACAGUUGAGGUGUAGGGCACUUUGGGGAAAACAUUUGCAUUUAUGCAUUGGUCUUAACCCUUUAUAAAAGUGAUUCUGAUACAUAUAACAUGUUGGUUCAAAUGCCUCAAUGUUGAAUUCCAUCUGUGACUCUUGAUGGCCAUUGCCUAGCUAGCAUGUUCAAUCUUUUUUUUAAAGGCAUUUAUAUGGGGCAGUAAUUAUUGAUUUGCACUAAUCUCAAUGGCUCAAAAAUUAAAAAAAAAUAUAUUUUAAUAAAAUGAGCUACAAUUGCAGUUAUGCUUGGGAUAAUAAGGACCAAAAAAAGUAAUGUUUUGGAAGUUAAAUGUUAACUUAAUUCAUUGUGCUUUAAUAAUUCAUAUAGUACCUAGGUAUCAAUACUACCGGGGGUGUUUUCAUGCAUUAAAGAAAUGUGACAAGGUCCAGUGAAUAUUAGUGAAUCCUUAUAUACAAAUAGUUAUCCAGAAAAUUUAUAGAUGCAUCUGCACUAAGAAGAGGUAAUUGUUAAAGAUAUAAUUUAGAAACUUAAUGUUUAAGUAUUUUCACAGGUUGAUUGAAAACUUAAAUAUGUUGGAAGCUGUUAGCUAUGUGUUUAAAGUUUAAGUUCUUCAAGGAGUAGAAUUUGAGGCAAAAUAUAGUGAUUCUCUGUAGAUAGAAUUGGUGUUGUAAACUGUACAUAUUUGACCUUUAUAACAGGUCAUGAAAAUUUGCAUAAAAUGCAAUAUAAAUUACGACGUUAUUUAACCAGUUCCAUGGCUAGGGUUUUAUACUUGUCCACUCAGGAUGUUCAGUCUGCUGUGCUGUAUAAGAGAAAUUACGUAGACUGAAUGCAGAGGUAAAAAUCCCUGGCAUCCAUAUCCAUCUGUUCAGAAUAACUCUCAGCUAUUUCCAAAGGAAGUCUUGAAAUUGUUAUCCUAAUUUUUGUUGCAUGUGAUGAUUCACCACAUGAUGAUUAAACUGGAAGAAUAAAUGUUAAAAAUAUUUAGACCCUUUUUUUUACAUGUAUUUACAUCAAUUUUUACUUGGUUUUAUCCUGGAGGUGUAUGACAUUAAAUAUUUUUUGAAGUAAUAAUGACAUUUUAAGUAAUCUGUAACAAAUAUUAAAAUUAUUUGGGAAUAUUACUUUCAUAUUUAUAAAUGGAAAUUUUAAUUACAGAGAUAAGAUUUUUAUGUUUUUAAAUAUCCUAUCAAAAUUUCAUAUAAAUAUUCAGGAAGCCAGAAUCUAGCUUAAAGUACAGAAUGAAUGGGAAAACACUUUUUUAAUGGCUGCUAUUAGCGGCCAUGACGUUUCUGUAACCUUAGAAAAAAUAUUUUCUUAAUGUGUUGUAAUCUGGUGAUUAACUAUUGAUACCCAUGGUUGGAAAUUAUUUAUUUUCUUAAAGUGUUGAAAAUUGUAAUAAAAUCAGUUCCUUGAGAA